AUGUGCAAUGGAUCAUAAGGUUUUCAGUGUUCAAGUUGUACAGACACAUAUUAUCUUGACCAAACAAUAUGCAAACGUAAUUUAUAUGUUUUCAUUAUUUCCUAGAUUGUCCUUUAAAAUGCGAAUCAACAUGUGAUUUCUAAGAUAACUUUGUAAUAUGCCAUGCUUGUGCUCUUGGAUACUUUGGAGCAGAUUGUGAAGAAUGUUCGACUUCCUGUAAAACUUGUGCUGAAAUGCCUGCUUAAUGUACUUCAUGUAAUAUUGGAUACUACUUGAAUGGGUAAACUUGUACUUAGUGCGGCGAACAUUGUGUCACUUGUGCUGAUACAAGUGGAGAUUGUACGAGUUGUGAUGAUGGAUAUUUAAUUGAUGAAUAGAAUAAAUGUGCAAGUAAUUUAGUAAAUUCUAUAAAAUCAUAGAUUGUGCAAAUUGUACUUGUCCAAUUAAAUAAUAUUACGAUAACAUUGAGAAAAUUUGUAAAGAUUGUGACAUUACUUGUACAUUAUGUAAUGGUGUGGCCGAUAAUUGUCAAUCAUGUUCACCUACAUACUAUCUGAAUGGCUCCACUUGUACUAAAUGUGGUCCUCCUUGCUUAGAUUGCUCUGGCCAAGCAACCUGCCAAUCAUGCAUCCCUGGAUAUUACUGGGGGGGUACUGAUUGUUUCAAAUGCGAUUUGCCAUGCAUGAACUGCACAACUCCAGGAAAUACAGGUUGUUAAUCCUGCCAAAAUGAAUAUUAUCUUCUUGGUUCUAGUUGUGAAAAAUGCGAUUCGACUUGUACAUUAUGUGAAAUCUCUCCCACUAAUUGUUCGGAUUGUCAAAUAGGCUAUUAUUUAGAUAAUACAACUUGUGUAAGUUGCUCACCUCAUUGUAAUUAAUGUGAUUCUGGCACUGAAUGCACCUCUUGCAAUGACAAUUAUGAACUAUUAAAUGGAGAGUGCGUACCCUGUACGAACACUCAAUAUUACUCAUCUGGAAAAUGCUAUAAUUGCUCAACAAAUUGUAAUUCGUGCUUUGACAGCGAUACAAAUUGUUCUAGUUGUCGUCUAGGGAAAUACCUUUCAGGAAAUGAAUGCUAACCAUGUGUUGCUCCGUGUAUUGAGUGCAAUGCUGAGAUUGAUUGUACUGCGUGUGAUGCUGGAUAUUGGCUUGAUAAUCAAGCUUGUACAGAAUGUAAUAAUAGAUGUAAAACAUGUACUUCUGAAACUCAAUGUGAAUCUUGCGCUGAUAGUUAUUACUUAGAAGGAAGCUCAUGUGAAGCUUGUCCUGAUGGAUGUAAUUUAUGCACUGACGCUUUUGCAUGUACAUCUUGCCAAUAGAAUUAUUAUUUGGAUGGUAUUUGCAAAUAAUGUUCUCCUGGAUUCUUCUUAUUAGGUGUUGUUUGCACUCAAUGCAACAGUCCUUGUGAAACUUGUGAAAAUGAAGCUAAUCAUUGUCUUUCUUGCUAACAAAAAUAUUAUUUGAUGAAUAAUAAUACCUGCUCUCCUUGCAUAUCGCCAUGCGAUCAUUGUGAAUCCGAGACAGCGUGCUCAACUUGUGUUCCUGAAUAUUAUCACGAUAGUUCAACUCAUCAAUGUAUUGUUUGCGAUCCACCUUGCAAAGAAUGUUCAGAAUCUGGAAAUACUUAAUGCUCGAAAUGUAAGGAUGGUUACUACUUGAAUUCAUAAAUCUGUCAGCCUUGCAUACCGCCUUGCCAAAAUUGCUCAACUAGCGUAAUAUGUUAAAGUUGUACUGCAGGGUAUUACUUCGAUGGAGCUGUGUGCAUAGAAUGUUCUUUAGGGUGUGCUAUGUGCAAUGGAUCAUAAGGUUUUCAGUGUUCAAGUUGUACAGACACAUAUUAUCUUGACCAAACAAUAUGCAAACGUAAUUUAUAUGUUUUCAUUAUUUCCUAGAUUGUCCUUUAAAAUGCGAAUCAACAUGUGAUUUCUAAGAUAACUUUGUAAUAUGCCAUGCUUGUGCUCUUGGAUACUUUGGAGCAGAUUGUGAAGAAUGUUCGACUUCCUGUAAAACUUGUGCUGAAAUGCCUGCUUAAUGUACUUCAUGUAAUAUUGGAUACUACUUGAAUGGGUAAACUUGUACUUAGUGCGGCGAACAUUGUGUCACUUGUGCUGAUACAAGUGGAGAUUGUACGAGUUGUGAUGAUGGAUAUUUAAUUGAUGAAUAGAAUAAAUGUGCAAGUAAUUUAGUAAAUUCUAUAAAAUCAUAGAUUGUGCAAAUUGUACUUGUCCAAUUAAAUAAUAUUACGAUAACAUUGAGAAAAUUUGUAAAGAUUGUGACAUUACUUGUACAUUAUGUAAUGGUGUGGCCGAUAAUUGUCAAUCAUGUUCACCUACAUACUAUCUGAAUGGCUCCACUUGUACUAAAUGUGGUCCUCCUUGCUUAGAUUGCUCUGGCCAAGCAACCUGCCAAUCAUGCAUCCCUGGAUAUUACUGGGGGGGUACUGAUUGUUUCAAAUGCGAUUUGCCAUGCAUGAACUGCACAACUCCAGGAAAUACAGGUUGUUAAUCCUGCCAAAAUGAAUAUUAUCUUCUUGGUUCUAGUUGUGAAAAAUGCGAUUCGACUUGUACAUUAUGUGAAAUCUCUCCCACUAAUUGUUCGGAUUGUCAAAUAGGCUAUUAUUUAGAUAAUACAACUUGUGUAAGUUGCUCACCUCAUUGUAAUUAAUGUGAUUCUGGCACUGAAUGCACCUCUUGCAAUGACAAUUAUGAACUAUUAAAUGGAGAGUGCGUACCCUGUACGAACACUCAAUAUUACUCAUCUGGAAAAUGCUAUAAUUGCUCAACAAAUUGUAAUUCGUGCUUUGACAGCGAUACAAAUUGUUCUAGUUGUCGUCUAGGGAAAUACCUUUCAGGAAAUGAAUGCUAACCAUGUGUUGCUCCGUGUAUUGAGUGCAAUGCUGAGAUUGAUUGUACUGCGUGUGAUGCUGGAUAUUGGCUUGAUAAUCAAGCUUGUACAGAAUGUAAUAAUAGAUGUAAAACAUGUACUUCUGAAACUCAAUGUGAAUCUUGCGCUGAUAGUUAUUACUUAGAAGGAAGCUCAUGUGAAGCUUGUCCUGAUGGAUGUAAUUUAUGCACUGACGCUUUUGCAUGUACAUCUUGCCAAUAGAAUUAUUAUUUGGAUGGUAUUUGCAAAUAAUGUUCUCCUGGAUUCUUCUUAUUAGGUGUUGUUUGCACUCAAUGCAACAGUCCUUGUGAAACUUGUGAAAAUGAAGCUAAUCAUUGUCUUUCUUGCUAACAAAAAUAUUAUUUGAUGAAUAAUAAUACCUGCUCUCCUUGCAUAUCGCCAUGCGAUCAUUGUGAAUCCGAGACAGCGUGCUCAACUUGUGUUCCUGAAUAUUAUCACGAUAGUUCAACUCAUCAAUGUAUUGUUUGCGAUCCACCUUGCAAAGAAUGUUCAGAAUCUGGAAAUACUUAAUGCUCGAAAUGUAAGGAUGGUUACUACUUGAAUUCAUAAAUCUGUCAGCCUUGCAUACCGCCUUGCCAAAAUUGCUCAACUAGCGUAAUAUGUUAAAGUUGUACUGCAGGGUAUUACUUCGAUGGAGCUGUGUGCAUAGAAUGUUCUUUAGGGUGUGCUAUGUGCAAUGGAUCAUAAGGUUUUCAGUGUUCAAGUUGUACAGACACAUAUUAUCUUGACCAAACAAUAUGCAAACGUAAUUUAUAUGUUUUCAUUAUUUCCUAGAUUGUCCUUUAAAAUGCGAAUCAACAUGUGAUUUCUAAGAUAACUUUGUAAUAUGCCAUGCUUGUGCUCUUGGAUACUUUGGAGCAGAUUGUGAAGAAUGUUCGACUUCCUGUAAAACUUGUGCUGAAAUGCCUGCUUAAUGUACUUCAUGUAAUAUUGGAUACUACUUGAAUGGGUAAACUUGUACUUAGUGCGGCGAACAUUGUGUCACUUGUGCUGAUACAAGUGGAGAUUGUACGAGUUGUGAUGAUGGAUAUUUAAUUGAUGAAUAGAAUAAAUGUGCAAGUAAUUUAGUAAAUUCUAUAAAAUCAUAGAUUGUGCAAAUUGUACUUGUCCAAUUAAAUAAUAUUACGAUAACAUUGAGAAAAUUUGUAAAGAUUGUGACAUUACUUGUACAAGAUGUUCAGGAAUUUCCACUAAUUGUCAAACCUGCUCUAAUGGAUACUAUUUAGAGUCUUCAAUUUGCAAAAGUUGCAUCGCUCCAUGUAACAUGUGUACUGCUUUAAAUGUUUGCAUAAAUUGCGAUAGUGGAUACUUUUUAGAAGAUGGUAGUUGUUAACCAUGUUAAUUGCCUUGUAUUAAUUGCUUGGCAGGUGGAAAUGUAUAUUGUUCAUUAUGUUAAACUGGAUAUUAUUUGGAUGGAUAAAUUUGUAAAAUUUGUGAUUAAACUUGCAAAAAAUGUUCUGGUAGUUCCAAUAAUUGUUCAGAAUGUCAAAUAGGAUAUUUUUUAGAAAGCACAAAUUGUUCUCUAUGUCAAAAUUAUUGUAAUAAUUGCAAUUCAGCAACUCAGUGUACGUCAUGUGAUAUUGGAUAUGAAAAAGUUAAUGGUUAAUGUAUUGCAUGUUAGAUCAACCAAUACUACUUAAACUUUAAAUGUUUAUCUUGUUUAAAUCCUUGCUAUUCUUGUGCACAAACUGAAUCUCAGUGUACUAGUUGUAUAGAUGGUUAUUAUUUAUCUGGUACUCAAUGCUUGAUUUGUGACAGCAAUUGCAAGACUUGUUAGAAUAAAGCUGAAUAUUGUAUAUCAUGCACUACAAGAUAAUUUUUAUCAACUGAAAAUAAAUGUGUACCAUGUUUAUCACCUUGCAAUUCUUGUGUUAAUUCACCAACUUCAUGCACAUCUUGUUUAGAUUUAUAUUAUUAUGAAGCGAAUAGCUGUAAGAAAUGUGUUUCACCUUGUUGGACUUGUGAAUCGCUCAAUGUUUGCAAAUUAUGCAUAUCUGGAAAAUAUUAUGAUUAAACAUAAAAGAAUUGCCUGGAUUGUGAUAAAAGUUCUUGUCUCACUUGUGUAGGCACUGCAACGACAUGUUUAAGUUGCGCUGCAAAUAAAUAUUUGGAAAAUACUACUUGUAAAUCAUGCGACCCUAAAUGCGUUACAUGUACUAGUUUGACAAUGUGUCAAACAUGUUCAGUUGGUUAUUAUUAUAAUGGAUCAGAGUGUGUUUCAUGCACAUCACCUUGUAUUGAAUGUAAUUCUGGUUCAAUUUGUACAAAAUGUUAAAAUGAUUUCUACAAAUUAAGCUUAAGUUAAUGCAUCAGUUGUUCACUACCUUGUAAAACUUGUGAUUAAGAGGUCUGUAAAUCUUGUAUUAAUAAAUACUAUUUUGAUUCUUCUGAAACUGAUACUUCAAAGAAAUGCAAACUAUGUUCUAGUCCUUGUGAUUAAUGUUCUGCACAAUAAAGUUGUACAACUUGUGUAUAAGGAUAUUAUUUAGAAGGAUCUUCUUGCAUUAAAUGUACAAAUAAUUGCAGUACAUGUGAGACUGCUACAAAAUGCAUUACUUGUGUUAGUAUUUCUUAUUAUUUAACUACUUUUAAUACAUGCGUAUUAUGCAGCAAUAUGGAUUCAUCUUGUUUGACUUGUAGUGGUUUUAACAGAUGCUUAACUUGCUAAGAUGGUUUCUAUACAUUAAAUCAAACCUAGAAUGGUGUUACUACAAGCACUUGUUAAGCUUGCUCGGUUAAAUGCUCAAGUUGUACUCAGUCCUUAUCACAAUGUUCAAAAUGUGCAGGUAAUAGAUAAGGCACUCCCUAAUGUACAACUUGCCCAUAUGGAUUUUAUGAUGGUGGAUAAUUGAAUUGUGAAUAGUGUGAUUCCAAAUAUUGUAUCACUUGCAGUGGAUCUGCCAAGAAUUGUCUAGCUUGCAUAAACUCAAGAAUUCAACCUCCAGCUUGUAUCUGUAAACCUGGUACUUAUAUUUCUGGAAAUGAUUGCAUCUAAUGUAUGGCCAAUUGUUCCUCUUGCACAACUUCAAAUUAGUGUACUUUAUGCAAUAGUAGUUUCUACUACAAAUAGAAUUGGGAUGGAUAAGGAAAUAAUAUUUGCACAAAUACUUGUGGAGAUUCAUUUUUCUAGGAUGUCAAUAAUCAAUAAUGUAUCAAAUGUCCAAUUUCAAAUUGUAAAAUUUGCAACUCAACUUCUGACACAGGUUGUACUUCUUGUUUACCUUCAAUAUAUUAAGCUACCAGUGAUUCUAUGAAUAAUGUAUGUACAUCCACUACUUGCAGUUUGUAUUUGUAAUAGCAAAGGCAAUGUUUGAUUUAAUGUUUACCUGGAUAUUAUAAGAAUGCUGAUUUCACUUGCUCCAUUUGUGAUAAAGCUUGCAGGUAAUGUUAGGAUGCUGCAACAGCAUGUACGGAAUGCUACCCAAAUAUGUAUUUGUAAUAUACAACAGGACAAUUAAUGAAAGGUUUAUGCAUGCCUGAAUGUCAGACUACAUUUUAUUAGAAACAGUCAUAAGCUCCUACUGUUUCAGGUGGUAUAUGUGCUAGUUGUCAUUCAACUUGUAAGGAUUGCAUUGAUGAUUAAGAAACCUCUUGUACUUCUUGCUAGGCUGGAAGAUAUUUGCUAAAUAAAAAAUGUUUAAUAAGUUGUGGAGAUAAUGUGGGUUAUUUAGCAAACGCUAAUACAAAUAGAUGUGAUCAAUGUGCAGAUAAUUGUACUUCAUGUACAUCAACUUCCGCUUAAAGAUGCACUAAAUGUGCUAGUACUCAUUUCUUUUUGCUAAACUAAUGUAUGGUUCAAUGUCCAUCUAGUUAUUACGGAGAUCUCAAUAAAGUAUGCCAGCCUUGCAACUCUUCUUGUUUAACUUGCAAUGGUCCAUUAGAUAAUAAUUGUUUAUCAUGCGGGAUAUCUAUCUAUUAUUUGUCCACAUCUAACAAAUGUACAACCCUAUGUCCAGAUAGAUAUUAUGGAAAAUCAGACACAUUUAGAUGCGAAAAUUGUAUCAAUGGUUGCUAAAAAUGUAUCAAUUCAUUAGAUUGUUAAUACUGUGAUGAAGGAUUCUUCUUAAAUACAUUAAAUUCUCUUAAUAAUUGUUUAGCUCAAUGUCCUGAUGGAUAUUUCGGAGCAGCAUCUGCCAGAGCUUGUAGAUAAUGUGAUCCUGGCUGUAAGACAUGUAAAGGUUCGACAUAAGUUGAUUGUAUAAUCUGUUCAGCAGGAAGAUACAAUUAUUUGGGAAAUUGUAUUGCAACAUGCCCAGCAGGCACCUUUUUGGAUAAUGUAAAUAUGAGAUGUGAUACUUGUUCAUAAGGAUGCGCUAGUUGCACAGGGACGAGUAAUUGCACUAUUUGUGAUUUUGGAUACUUAUUUUAUAAUAAUGGAUGUUAUAUUAGUUGUCCUACUGGAUCCUAUAAAACAGGAAAAACAUGUACAUCUUGCAUAUCUAAUUGUGCAGUUUGUAAUGAUAGUAUUUCUUGUUAAAGAUGUAAUGACUAAACAUUCUACACUGGAAUAUUGUGCACAACAAGUUGUCUAAGUAAUUAAUACGGAGAUACUUUAACAAGAAGUUGCAAGUAAUGUGAUUCAAGUUGUCUGACAUGUUCUGGGGCAAAGAUUGAUAAUUGUCUAAGUUGCAGUACAACCUUCCUAUUUUCAAAUUCAUGCAAUCAAUAUUGUCCAGAUGGUUAUUUUGCUGAUGCAGCAACAAAGACUUGUAAAGCAUGUCUUUCCACUUGUGCUACUUGUACAAAUUCUUCAUCUUGCUCAUCGUGUAAUUAAGGAUCAUUUUUAAUCGGAACUCCUUCAUUAUGCUAAACUUCUUGUCCAGAUGGUUUCUAUGGAGAUUUAGGAACCAGAAUAUGUUAAGCAUGUUAUGCUGGUUGUAAGACAUGUUUUGGUACAAUAGCAGACAAAUGUUAAUCUUGUUUAGCAACAACUAGUCCAAGAUUGUUUUAUUCUAACUAUUCUUGUAAUUAAACAUGUCCUGCUGGAACAUUCCCAAAUAGUUCAAAUAGUAACUGCGAUGCUUGUCAUCAAUUUUGUAGUUAGUGUGUUGAUGGCACUGCCAAAUGCACUUUAUGUGUAACAAAUAGAUUUAUGAGUCCUUUAAGUUCAGAUAUCAAUUCACCUUGUCUAACUGUCUGUCCUUAUUAAUAUUAUGGAGAUAUUACUACUAGAACUUGUGCAUAGUGCUCUGCAAAUUGUAAAAGUUGCAUAAAUUCAUCAGUUGAUAAUUGUACAGCAUGCAUGAACAAAAACAUCAACAAUUACCAAGAAAAUUACUUUUUGUUUCAGAAUACUUGUGUUGCUUAAUGUCCAACAUAAUAAAUAAUGAAUUAAGAAGGAAGUACAACAGAUUAGUAAUUAUAUGGUGAUAUUGUAUCAGAUACAUUCUCUUUUAAUUGUGUUUUAAAAUGCCCAUCCUUAACUUUCAGAAAUAAUUAACUUAUGAUUUGUGAAUAGUGCCAUGCAUCAUGCAGAAAUUGUGACGGAAAUCGCAAUAAUAAUUGUCUAGCUUGCUUUACUGGAUUUUAUCUUUAUUUAGGAACUUGUUUAUCCACUUGCCCUAAAGGUACAUACUUAAAUGCUGUUACCUCCUCUUGCGUGACAUGUGACCCAAAGUGUAAAGAAUGCGAUGGGCCUAAUGCUACCGAUUGUACUUCUUGUUCAGCUUCUUCAGUUAAACAAGGCAAAGAGUGUUUGGAUAGUUGCAAUUAAGGAUAUGUGGCAGUUGAUUCAGUCUGUACUUCUUGUCAUUAUACUUGUAAAAACUGCAUAGGUAGUGACAUCUAACAAUGUAUAUCCUGUUCUGUUGGAUUAUAUCUUUAAAAACUCUAAGAAAGUGAUUUAAGUGGUAAAUGUAUUGAAAGUUGUAAUUCAUCUUAUUACCCUGACAGUAUUGACAAUAAAUGCAAAGUUUGUCCUUCUGAGUGUUAAACAUGUGAUGGACCUGAGGUGAAUGAUUGUUUGACUUGUAUCGAAACUUUGAUGUUUAUGGGAGGAGUAUGCAGUGAUGUUUGUAUAGAUGGUUAUUACUUGAAUGUUAAUUAAUGCGCUUAAUGUAAUGUAUCUUGCAAAACUUGUAACGGUCCAAGCUCAAACUAAUGUUUAACUUGUAGCAAUCAACUGUUCUUGUUCAAUUCUCAAUGUUUGAUCUCUUGUAUUGAAGGGUACUUCUAGAAUGAAACCACAAACUCUUGUGAGAGAUGUAUGGAUAAUUGUUUGUCAUGUACAAAUAGUUCAACUUGCAGUUCUUGUGAUGCAUCCAAGUACUUCUUAUUGGAGUAAUAGUGUUACAUAUUUUGCACUAUUGGCUAAUACUUUGAUACUACUUAGAAAAGUUGUUAAAGUUGUAAUAGCUCUUGCUUCACUUGCACAGGAUCAAAAAGUAAUUAAUGUUCCAGUUGUAAAACUGAUUAUUUCUUAAAAGUUUCAUUCAACUCUUAUGCUAGUAUUUAUGAUUGGACUUGUGAAUAACAAUGCGGAGAACUCUAUUAACCUGAUAUUUAAAAUGGUGUUUGUUUGUAUGAUAAUUGUCACUCUAGCUGUUCUACUUGUUUAAGUGAUUAAGCCACAACUUGUAGAUCUUGUAGUAAUUUAAUAUUAUCCAAUUCAUAAUGUUUAUCUGGUUGUCAAGAUGGAUAUUAUGUUGUCAGCAAUCAAUGUAAAGUUUGCAAUAGAUUAUGUAAGAUUUGUGAAGAUAGUUCAACUGUUUGUUCAACUUGUACAGAUAUUGCUUUAAGAGUUGAAGAUUCCUAUUGUGUUAUUUCAUGCCCAGAGAAAUACAUUAAACAUUCAACAUAAAAAAUAUGCAUUGGGUGCGUUUCUAAUUGUUUAAAUUGUGUUUUUGAUGAAAAGUUAUUAGGAUCCACAAAAUGUAUGAAAUGUGAAUCAAAAUUUUUCAUUGAUUUGACGUAUGAUUCCAAUAAAGUUCUGAAAGGUGUACAAUGUUAAUAGACAUGUCCAGAUGGAAAAUACAAUAAUUCAGACUCAUUUUAAUGUUCAAAUUGUGAUUGGAGCUGUAAGACUUGUUCGGAAUCUACAAGUUUAGAUUGUAUUAAAUGUGGAACAGUUGUCCAUCCAAAAACAGGUGCCUCUUAAAUUAGAUAUAUGGAAGAUGGAGUUUGUAGAGUAACCUGCAGAGCUGGAUCAUAUGCCUAUGUUAAUGAUCUAGAUGGCAAUAAAUGUAUGGUUUGUAAUAGCAGCUGCAAGACUUGUUUUGGAGCACUAGAUACAAAUUGUAACAGUUGCUAUUCAACUACAUAUCUAUCUUCCAAUGGCAAAUGUGUCAAAGAUUGUUCUACUGGAUACUUUUCAAAUGAUUCCAAUUAGUAAUGUGAAAAAUGUUAUUAGGGUUGCUCUAAAUGUGAUGGUGUUAAGUCUACUCAAUGUAUGGCAUGUGAAAAUGGAUAUUAUUUGUAUAAAGACACUUGUUAGACUGAUUGUCCAGAUGAAUAUUUCAAAGAUGGUAAUGUUUGCUCUAAUUGUGAUAAAUUCUGCUUCAAUUGUACUGGAAAAGAAUCAAAUUAAUGUACAUCCUGUCCCACUGAUCUCUAUUUUUAUCCAGAACAAAAUACUUGUUAUAUUUAAUGUCCCCUUAAAUCAUUCUUGAAUUUAACAACUUAUCAAUGUCAAGAUUGUCAUUCAUCCUGUCUUACAUGUUCAGAUGAAAAAGAGACCAGUUGUUUAUCGUGCCCUUUGAAAAAAAGUGACACCGAUAUUUAAACAUAUUUGUUGAAAGCAAAGUGCGUUUCUAAUUGUGGAAAUCAUUAAUUUGGGCAUCCAGACUCUUUAGUUUGCUAAGAAUGUGAUAUUUAAUGCACCAAUUGUCAAACUCAAAGCAAUAAUUGCAUUGGAAGCUGUCCAGCCAAUAGACUUACUAUUCCCUAAUGUGAUUGUCCAACUGGAUAUAUGAUAGAUUCUCCUACUGCUGUAUGUCAAUUAUGCUACUAUAAAUGUUCCACUUGUAAUGAAGCAUACAUCAAUUGUUUGAAAUGUGCUGCCAAUAGAAAUCAAGAUGCACCUUUUUGUUCAUGUCCUUCUGGUUACUUUGAUGAUGAGGAUAACAAGAAUCCAGUUUGUCAACCUUGUGCUUGGUAAUGUGCAACCUGUCAAAAGAGAAGUGAUUUAUGUAUUACAUGCAAAGGAGAUAGAGUUGGUUCUGGUUGUGUAUGUCCUGCUGGUAAAUAUGAAGAUUCCUCAAGUCAAAAGGAAAUGUGUUCUACAUGUGAUUUUACUUGUUCAACUUGUGCAGUCAAAUCUAAUUAUUGUAUAACUUGUAAAGGAAACAGAUACUCAACACUCUUACAAGCUAAUCCACUAUAUAAAUAGUGUUUGUGUUAGAAUGGGUUGUAUGAAGACGGCAAAUCCACUAAUUGUCCUUAAUGUGACUUUAAAUGUACAACCUGUACUGGUUCAAGUUCCAAUUGUUUAAGUUGUAGAGGAGAUAGAAUACUUAAAGAGCAAUGCAUUUGUGAACCAGGAUACUUUGAUGAUGAUGUUAAUGAUAAAUGUUAGAAAUGUGACUUAUCAUGUGUGACUUGUGAUAAAAAGGGUUGUUUAACAUGCGCUGGGAAUAGAGAAGGCCCAAAUUUACUCUAGAUCUGUAAUUGUCCAGCAACAGGUAUUGAUAGAAGACAACAUGGAUACGCUGAAUGUGGAACUUGCGAGUAUGGCGUACCUUACAUUAAAAUGAGGGAUAGUUUAGAUUCCAUGACAAUAAUAUUUGGUGGAAUAAUUAUAAUUAAGGGAAUCAAUGAUGCUACGAUCCCAAGCAGAGAUGUGUGUCAAAAAUUGUUUAAUGAUGUUGACUUUGCCAAACUAGGAAGUGGUAAGCCUUUGUGUAAUGUGGAUCCAAACAAUUAAAAGUAGUUGCUGGUGGUCUUUGCAAAUAAUGCGUAAUUUAUAAUUGGAGGAACUAUCACCUUAAACUUGAAAUAAGUAAUUGGAAGGAAAGAUUGUUUAGGAGUGUAUUACUCUAAUUUCAUAGUUGCCAAAAUUAAUGGCCCAGAUGCUCCUGUUCCUGCCUCGGUGAAAUUUACAGGCCCAUAAUAUAGUAAUUUAUGUAGCAAGAUCACAUUUUUCCCAAGUUAAGUCAUCAAUGAUGGUGGUCGAGGAUUGAAUAUGAAGUCAUGGUCAAUAGUCUCUAUUGAACCAGAAAAUUCUAGUGCCAGAGGAAGAAUUCAAGGUCUAUUUGAUGCUGCUAAUUCUGCCAAGAUCAGCAAGAUUGAAAUUCCACCUAUGCUUUUAUCAGAAUACUCAAAAUAUGUAUUUAAAUACACAUUUACUAACUUCUUGAAUAAAGAAUUUAGUUCAGACUACACAUUAUCAACCACAACUUACGAAUCCCCAACUGUUCAAAUCGAAGAACUAGCUCCACAUGUUUAUUUCACAAAUGCACGAAUCAAAUUAAUAGGAACUAUCAUCCAUCAAAGUUGCAUCUCUGGAGUUACAGAAAGUGUACCUUCAACAAUCAAUUAUGAAUGGACAUCAAAUAAAGUUAGUAAAGGAGCCAUUGAAUCAUAUUUACUCUAAGAUGUCCAAACUCUUGUAGGAGUAAAGCCUCCUGAUGUUCAGUUUGUUUAACUUGAUAUCCCUCCUUAUUCAGGUAAAGGUGGAAUCACAUAUUCAGUUACUUUGAUAGCUACUCUAACAACAAAACCAAUUUCAGCUAAUUAUACAGUCGAUAUUACUAUACAAACUUAAGGAUUAUAAGUGGAAAUUGAAGGAGGAAAUAGAAUGAAUGGAUAUGCUGUGCCUCUGAAAGUAAAUGGAUGGGCCAAAGAUCCCAAUAUUAAAACAGAUUAGAGUGUUGGAAUUGAGUUGGUAUGGAAAUGUGUGAAUCUCAAUACUAAUUUACCAUGUGCAGAUGUUUAUGAUGAGGAAAUUCCACUCAAUAGAACCAAUACUUAGCUUGUGGCAGCAAAGAGAUUCGUACCUUAUAAUGCCUAUAAUUUCUACUUGAAUGGAACUAAAGGGGAACUCUUUGAAGUCGCUUAGGCAGUCAUUGUAAUUGUAGAAUUAGACAUUCCAGUUUUAGAACUCAAGAGACCUGAAUAUUUAACAUCAAAGAGAGUCAACAUGAAUCAAGAAAUCAGCAUUAAGUUCUUGUAUCCCACGAAGAAUCCAGAUAGUUUAUACUAUGGAGGUGCAAUAGUAUAUGAUUUCAAUGUGGUAGCUACACUUAGAUUCUUCUUCACAUCAAUAACAAUAAAGUUCUGGGAUAGCUUCUAUGAAUUAACUGACCUAGCUUAAUUGGGAUUCAGAGCAUCAGUGUACAAUCCCCAAUUUUUCAUGCCUUCAACAACUACUUUGCUUAUUAACAUCAAUUUGCCACCUCGACUGUGUAGAAUUAACAUUUCCCCUAUCAGCGGUAUUUCAUUUGAUACCUAAUUCACCAUGAAAGUUACUAAUUGUGAAGAUAGCGAUGCACCAUUCACUUACAAGUUUACAUUCUAUUACUCUCCCACCCAAUACGACAAUGAUAUUUUGAAGGCUAGUUCAUUGAAUCAGAUUCUUUUACUUGAUUACUCAAGUGACAAUGAAUUAACUACUAUACUACCAAAUCCUUUGAGUGAUUCAGCUGUAACUCAGCCUUUCCUGAUUCUGAUGGCGUCAGUAUCAGAUUCCUUGGGAGCAUUAACAAACCUUACAUCAUCAGUAGUAGUCGGACUGAAUCAAGUCGAUCUUAAACAUAAACUUUUAGUGGCUUAAUAUUUGAUGAAGAGAUAAACAUAAGAAGAUAAAUUCUCCCCAUUGCCCUAUUUCUUCAGAUCAAGAUAAUUAGCAGAGAUUACAGAUGCAACAGAUAAAUUUAUAAAACUUUAUUAGAAUAGAACAUCUUUAACAAUUCCAGAAUAAAUUAAUUUACUUAAUCUUCUUGCCAUUGGUGUUAAAGAUAUAACUAUUGAUAAUCCAACUGCUGAUCAAGAUGCUAAUGAAACUGCUAUUAUCAAACAAGAAUAAGCUAAAUUAGUCACCCUAAAAUAAAGUAUUUUGGCAUCACUUAAAGAGAUGCAAUCCCAAGAUGUCAGUGUUGCUACUAAGAGUGCUCUCACUAAAUCCAUUGAAGAAUUGAUGAAUGAUGAAGAUAUCUAAUUAAAUAUGAGUUCUGCAAAUAUGGAUGCUGAAUUAGAUAAAGCAGAUAGUAUUGUUUCCACUAGUACCAAUGGAGUCAGUGAUCUACAAGGAGAUAUUGAAAAUGGCAAUGUCGACUUCAAAUCGUUUAGAAUAAAAGAAAAUCUCCAAAAUGAUAUCAUGAGAACAGCUGGGUUAUUAAAUGGACUCUUGGCAGCUGGAUAGAAUUAAAUUGAUUCUAUUGAUUCAACUAGUACUACAACAACAACAACAACUAAUUCAACUGACAGUAAUUCAACUAAUUAAACCAAUUCAACAGAUGAGGCUUGGUAAAAAAUGAAGGAUAAUAAUGCAAAAUUGUUUAAAGUCCAAGAAUCUGUUAAAUAUGGUCUAACAUAGACUGCUGAUCCUAAUGCACCUCCUAAAGUAUUCUCAGGUGGAUCAUUCUCCAUGAAAUCAUCUCUUGCUACUCCUUCUAAAAUGGCCGAAUAUUUGGCUGGAGCAGAUCCAACUAAAGUAAAGAAGGAUAUCAAAAUCAGUGAUGAUGAUGAAUCCACAUCCUCUGAUGAAACUAACAUCCAAACUGUCACUUACAAUUAAGCAGAAUUCACUGAUAAUCCUUAUGCAACUGAUGAUUCCUUCCCAAGUAGAUCUGUACCUGCAUCUGUCUAAAAUAUUGAACCCAAAUUAGCCAAUGGAUCUGUCAUCGUUCCAAAACAACCCAUACCUAUGUCCUUUGGAGUCACAGCAGCCAAAAAAGCAGCAAGAUUAAGAAGACUCAGAAGACUUUAUGGCAGAAGAAACAUGCAAUAUUAUUAAGAUCUAUAUGAAUUAGAUGAAGAACCACAAACAUAAGCCAUAUUUUGUAUUGGGAAAAGUUCAGAUGGAGGUUGGAGUGCAGGAGGAGGAAACUGUAAAUCUGUUUAAUCGGUUGAUGCAACUGGAGCUAUAACGGUCACUUGCUAAUGUGAAGAAUUAACACCCACUUCAGUUGGCGAUGCCAUUGCUGAUGCUCUAGCAUUUGAUAAAUUUGCUAAAGCGUUUUCAAUGGAAGCCUUAUUGGCCUUGCUUAACUUCCCCUUCUACAAAUCAGUCAUAGUUUAUGCUUUGGCUUUCAUGACCGCUGCAUUAGUAUUCUCAGUCAAAUAUGGAUUCAGAAAGGAUAGGGAAGAUGCAGAGAAGAAAUUACUAGCUCCUCAUUUUGUGGAAUCAGAAUUUAUUAGAAUCAAAGCAGAAGAAGACUAAGUCAAAAGAGUGGAAAGACACAAAUUGAGAAUGGAAAAACAAAAGGAGAUGGAAUUGAAACUUCAAUAAGAAUAUGAUGAAUAAUAAUUAAGAUUGCAAUAGAAUUAACAAAAGGAAAAUGAAGAACAAAAUUUUGAGUUGCAUCCCUAGAAAAAAGCCAUUAAUAAUCAACAGUUUCCUUUAAAGGAACAUCCACCUUAAGAGAUAGUUAUGAUCUAGCCUGAUAUUGACCCAGAUGAAUUAAUGAAAAUUAGAGAAAUUAAUGAAGCAAAAGAACCAAUAAAUUCUGAUGCUCCACUUAAAAGCAAACUAACUGAUAAUUUUGAUUCUGAUGAUUCUGAUCUAAACCCUAAUUAAAUGGUUUAUGAUGAAUAAGAUAGUGAAAACAGUGAUAACAUGGAAAGCAUUUAUGAAGUUCCUGAAAAUAUUCUGGAGCAAAAGCAUGAGCAUUCUUAGGAUGAACCUGAAGCAGCCUAAUAUUUUAAGUCAUUAGAACCAUAAUUGUUUAAGCAUUCUUUAACAAUUGAAACUAUAAACUAAAAAAACACACCCAUUUAAUAAUAGCAAUAACAAUAGUAAUAACAAUAGUAAUAACAAUAAUAAAUACAAUCGCCGUCAUAAUAAUAAUCCUAAAUCUACUCAGAUUAAUAAUAACACAUAAAAUCAUAAAGCAUAGCUGAUCUAGAAUAAUUCCAUUAGGAAUUAGAGUAACAAUUUUAAAAGUAAGUGAUAGGAUAACAAAAAGAAUAAGAACAACAAUAAGAAUAAUAGUAAUAAGAAGAAGAAGAAUAAUCACCAUAAUAUGAUAUAGGAGAGAGUUAAAAACACGAUCCUGAAUUGAACUCAAACCAUAUCCUGCAUUAAAAUGGUAGUAAUACCCCACCCAUCUGUCCUGAAAUCCUUAAAAUUGAAUUGCCUAAUCUUCAUGAUGGUGAUGGUCGCGCUCUAAGUGUAAUCAAAACGAAUGAAUUAAAACAAAUUUCCCAAAACAAUCAAUAAGAUUCAUUUGAAAAAGACAUCAAAGAAGCUGGUUAGUCUUAAAUAAUAGAACCUAAAUAAAAGAAAGAUUAAGUAAAGAGAAAGCGAAAGAGAGUUAAAAGUAAUAUUAAUCAGAAAUACAAAGUAAAAGUAUAAGAUGAUUUGGAUGUUUCAAAUGAUGAGGAUGCUCUAAAAGAGGAACCAGAGCCACCUUAUGAAAUCAAAGAACAAAUUGUUUAACAAUGGCAUAGGGAUAAUAAGCGAAAAGUAUUCUUAGAAAGUGGUUGCCAACUUAAGUUCUCCCUUACAAAUGUGCUAUUGUUCAUGGCUCUAUUCCACAAAUUGUUAUGCAUCUUUUUAGUAUUUGAAAGAACAUUGCCUCGUCCAAUAAGAUUCUGUGUAUUAUACAUGACCAUCCUAAACACUUGCUAUAUUAAUAUAUUCUUCUAAGUACCCUUAGAACCUUUGCAAUCAAUUAUAUUCAGUGUAUUCUCUGCCAUAUUAUCCAACUUUGAAAUGUUUGUAAUACUGUUCCUGAUGCCACACAAAGUGUUUGUUGUUAGAUAAAUAGGAUGGGGAAUAUUCAUAGGCUUAACUACAUUGUUAAUAUAUUUCAUCCUUAUAGCCAUGGCAUUAGAGGCAAGUGAUUCAGGUGGAGAUAUCACUAGGUCUAAUAUGUGGGGUCUAAAUUUCAUUAUUGGAUUCCUGAACACUCAUUGUGUAUCAGACCCAAUCAAACUUUUAAUAGUUUUCAAGGCUGUUUAACUCAGUUUAACUGGAGCAACUGGCCUUUUAUAAACUAUUUUAGUGAAAAUAUUUGUGAAUCCUGCUACGAAUAUUUUCUUUGAAAUGAUUGAAGUAUGAGAAUUCUAG